GGAGAUUCUUAUUUGUCCCUGAACAUGGAUUGUGAAUAUUAUUAUUAUCAAUGUAAUACCAUUGUUAUUAACUCGAUUGAUAGGGAAAUAAAGUUAAUUGGACAACAAUUUGGUAAACAAUUUAAGUUAAUAAUAAUAUCUAGUGAUUACUAGGAGCCCAACAAUCAAAAUUGUCUUCAUUGUGAUCAGUUUAAAUAUCAGAGGAGAAGAAGAAAAAAGUUUUUCUCUUUCAAUUGAAUGGACAUUAAGUUACUGACCAGUGUAAAGUUUGUGCCUUUUUCUUGUUCUCAUUGAUUUCGAUUAUUAAUUAUUAAUCAAUUUAUCAUGAAUUUAAAUGCCAAUAAUCAGAAUAUAUCGUCAAACAAAUUACAAGUUAAUGGAUUAACUUCAUUACAAAGUGACGAUAAUAAUAAUAACAACAACAGUGAAUCUUUGAUUGUGUCAUCAAAUUUAAUUACUACCACAUCAUUUUCAUCAUCAUCACCAUCAUCAUCAUCUUGUGAUAAUAAUAAUCAAAUUUCAUCAACAUCUUCACCUUUAAUGUUCAAUGGUCGUAUUAGUUUAACUGCUCGACCAGCGAUUCGUAUUAGGAAUCUUAAUGUCACCUAUGGUCACUCGGGGUCAACUGAAUUUGUACUCAACAAUGUUGCAAUGACCGCUCCCAAGGGUUGUAUUUAUGGUCUAUUGGGUCCAUCAGGGUGUGGCAAGACCACGUUGAUUAAGUGUUUAAUGGGUUUGAAGAUUCCCGAUUCUGGUGAGAUAUCGAUAUUCAAUUAUAGUCCAGGUACUCGGGAAAGUGGUGUUCCUGGACCUGGGGUGGGUUAUAUGCCCCAGGAAACUGCGCUUUCACGAGAUUUAACCAUCAAAGAGACUUGGACAUUUUUCGGACGAGUUAAUUUCCUAACAUUUGAUCAAAUCAGUGAACGAAUAUCAUCACUAAUCACCUUAUUAGAUCUUCCUGAUAAAAAUACACUAAUUAGUUCGUUGAGUGGUGGUCAACAGAGGCGAGUUUCUUUCGGUGUUACAAUCCUUCACAAUCCAAGGUUAUUGAUAUUAGAUGAACCCACGGUGGGUGUUGAUCCACUUUUACGAUCUCGUAUUUGGCGACAAUUAACAAACACGGCAAGACUUUAUGGGAGUACGAUAAUUGUUACAACUCAUUAUAUUGAAGAGACUCGUAAAGCCGAUGUUGUCGGUUUCAUGAGGAAAGGUGCAAUCAUCGCCGAGAACAGUCCGAAUGCAUUCAUGAGCCGAUAUGGUGUUAACACUUUGGAAGCCGUUUUCCACCAUUUAUGUUAUAUCCAUAAACGAGUCUCACUUUCGGGCUCCAUGAAACAAAUAUCAUCGAAAGAGGGAGCGAAAAAAAAGUCAACCAUCAACUCGAAAGUUCGAGGAAACAAUAACGACAGUAAAACAACAAUUGCGACACUUUCAGCCCCAUGGUCAAGACCCAAUGAAACCUCCGAUACUCAUGCUUGGUGGAUACAAUUUGUCGCAACUUUAACCAAAUACAAUUUACAAAUUAUCCGCCAACCAGAAACAAUAGUCGCCUCCCUUGUGCUUCCCAUAAUCAUCUUGUUGGUGUUUUGUGUCUGCAUCGGAGGAACUCCCAACGGUGUACCGAUCGGCCUCGUUAACCACGAAAAUUGUGACUAUACGACCCAUCAAAUCAACGAUCACCACCAAAAUCACCAUCAGAAGCACCAUCAUCAUCAAAAUCACCACCACCAUGAGCACCAUAGCCCAUCGCCUUUAGGUCACAACGCGAGUGAUUUUUACUUUUCCAAUGAACGUUGUUUGAGCUCAGCUUUUCUCUCAUCGAUUAAUAGUUACAUGUUCAGUAAACGAUAUUAUGCCGAUUACGUUGAUGCGCUCGAUGAUGUGGCCAGUGGUCAUAUUUGGGGUGUUGUUAGGAUUAAGAAAGGAUUUACAGAUUCUCUUUUGGCUCGAUUAACUUUCCAGGAAACUGAUCCGUUUACUGGUACCUCGAUUGAUCUUAAUUCAUCAACCAUUGAAAUUCAUGGCGAUUUAACUUCAUUUGUGUUAACUCGUUUGGUCACUGGUGCUUUGGGUCGAACCUUUUUGGAUACCAUUAAACCGACAUUGUCCAAUCCUAAAUUGGCCGAUUUACCAAUUAAAUUGGGUUCCACUGUUUUCGGCUCAUUUGGUAAAUCAGAUUUCUUUGGUGUUCGUGAUUUCGCUGCACCAGGUUUGAUGAUUGUUAUCGUUUAUUCAAUUGGAUUCGCGCUUACAGCGUUUACUUUGCUCAUUGAGAAGGAAGAUAGAACCCUUGAUCGAAACUAUUCCGCUGGACUUGGUGCAUUUCAAAUUAUUCUUGGACAAGUUGUCACUCGAUUUAUUUUUCUUAUCCCUCCGGUUGUCAUUCUAUUAACUCUUUCAAUCACCCUUUUCGGUGUACCCUGUAGAGGAUCUUUCCCUUUUGCCAUCUUAUUACUUUUACUUCAAAUGUUAUCUGGAAUGUCCUUAGGUGUUUUUCUGUCCACUGUCCUUCCGUCCAUAUUUUCUUGUGCCAUAGUAGCAAAUGCUGUCCUACUUUUCACUUUCAUUAUAUCGGGUGUCAUGUGGUCAAUCGAUACACUUCCCUAUUACCUUCGUUGGGUCAGUGUAACCCAACCGACCACUGCAGCAGCUGAAUCACUAAGGUCAAUCCUGGUUCGAGGUCUUCCAAUUGCACAAUCAUCUGUAUUCAUGGGCUAUGUGACCUCUGCCGCUUGGAUCGGUGUUUGGUUGACCUUGGGAACUUUGUCCUUUGCAUUUCAAAAUAGUUAGAACCAUUAAUCGAAUCCUUUACCUAUCAUCAGGGAAUCAAAUAUGUCCACCAGUAAAUUAGAUAAUUUUCCUAAUUGUAACUCGAUUGACAUUCUCCCAAUUGUCCAAUUCAAUUACAAUUCAUGUAAUGACCAUUUAACACCCUUCUGACCAUCACCAUUAUCAAUUGAGCUUCCAUCAUCAUCUAUCCCACUCAAUUGAAUACAAUUUUACUCUGAAAA